UCCUUGUUCCUAGGAGAAAGCUAUUUCUCAAACCCCAAAAAGAAUCCAUCACGAUUCCAAUCUCUCUCUCUAAACUUUCAAACAAUCAUCUCUUUCACCACGAGGUAGGUAUGAAUGUCUUCAUGUUCUAAAUUUUGAAUCACAUAAAGCUAUUUGUGUUUUGCUUGGAAUACAAGGCUGUUGCGUCCAGGAUCACCGGGGACAAAGGUUUCUCCGUCGUUGAGAAACCUUUCACCGAGAAAAACACGUCAUCAUGGCUGACUCACCCGUGGAUUCACCUCCUGCCCCGGAAGCUCCUAAUGCAGGCACAGGCUCGCCGCCAAAUGAGACAUCACCACCAGUAGCACCUGUUUCAUCCCCACCGGCCCCUGACUCUGCUCCUCCACCAACUAACAAUAGCUCUGCUUCUUCACCACCUCCUGCACCGCCGAGCCAAGAAACCUUACCUCCUCCAUCACCGCCACCUUCACCGCCUGCUGCAGGUAAUCCACCACCGAAAACUCCAGAGAAUCCUUCUCCACCUUCUCCUGAAGUCAAAACUCCGGUAACUCCACCUGCACCGCCUCAAGCACCGGCCAACCAGUCACCCCCUUCACAAAGACCAACCCCUCCUUCUCCUGGUGCUAAUGAUGACCGUAACAAAACCAAUGGCGGCAACAACAAUGGUAACAACAGAGACGGUUCUACACCGUCUCCACCAUCAGGGAACAACAGAAACUCCAGCGGCGGUGACUCACCGUCACCGCCUCGGUCAAUAAGCCCUCCUCGGAGCAGUGGAGGUUCAGACUCAUCAUCAUCCUCUCCAGGAGAAAGUCAUCAUCAACCCAAUGUUGGAUUGAUUGUUGGAGUCCUUGUAGGAGCAGGGCUAUUGCUUCUACUCCUAGUGCUUAUUUGCAUCUGUUGCAAGAAGAAAAGAAAGAAACGUGAUCCUCAAGUCAACCACUUGCACUACUACAAUAACAGUCCCUUUGGAGCACCUAAUGGUAACGGUGGUUAUUACAACAAUGGAACACCACAAGAUCAUGUGGUGAAUAUGGGAGGAGGAAACUGGGUCCCACAGCAACCUGUCUCUGGUCCUCAUAGUGACACUUCCAACUUAGCUGGUCCAACGCCGUCCCCUCAGGCUGCGACUCUUGGUCACAACCAAAGCACUUUCACCUACGAUGAACUCUCCAUAGCAACAGAAGGUUUCGCUCAGUCCAACUUGCUAGGCCAAGGAGGAUUUGGAUACGUUCACAAAGGUGUUUUGCCUGGUGGCAAAGAAGUUGCAGUGAAGAGUCUUAAACUUGGAAGUGGACAAGGAGAGCGCGAGUUUCAAGCGGAGGUUGAGAUCAUUAGCCGUGUCCAUCAUCGUCAUCUCGUUUCUCUUGUUGGUUAUUGCAUCUCUGGUGGCCAAAGGCUUUUGGUUUACGAGUUUUUACCUAAUAACACUCUUGAAUUCCAUCUUUACGGAAAGGGUCGUCCUGUUUUGGAAUGGUCUAUACGACUGAAGAUUGCACUGGGAUCAGCUAGAGGCCUUGCAUAUUUGCAUGAAGACUGUCAUCCUAAAAUUAUCCAUAGAGAUAUCAAAGCUGCAAACAUUCUUCUUGAUUUCAGUUUUGAAACCAAGGUUGCAGAUUUUGGACUAGCUAAGCUGUCUCAAGACAACUAUACUCAUGUCUCCACUAGAGUCAUGGGAACAUUUGGAUACUUAGCUCCAGAGUAUGCGUCAAGCGGAAAGUUAUCCGACAAAUCUGAUGUUUUCUCAUUUGGAGUAAUGCUUCUUGAGCUCAUAACAGGACGGCCUCCAGUGGAUCUAACUGGAGAAAUGGAGGACAGUUUGGUAGAUUGGGUAAGUCGGUCUGGUAAUUACUUGUUUAAUCCCUCCCACCAAAUACUUUUAAAAACAAAACUAAUGUUACCAUUUGUUUUGCAGGCAAGACCUCUGUGUAUGAAAGCAGCUCAAGAUGGAGAUUAUAGCCAAUUAGCAGAUCCUCGUCUAGAGACAAACUACAAUCAACAAGAGAUGGCUCAAAUGGCUUCUUGUGCAGCUGCAGCCAUCAGACACUCAGCAAGAAGACGACCUAAGAUGAGCCAGAUUGUACGAGCAUUAGAAGGAGACAUGUCAAUGGAGGAUCUAAACGAAGGAGGAAGACCGGGACAAAACUCGUACUUGAGCCCCGGAGGCAUGACCUCAGAGUAUGACGCAAGCUCGUACAGUGCAGACAUGAAGAAAAUAAGGAAGUUAGCGUUAGAGACAAAAGAGUAUCAGAGCAGCGAGUACGGUGCAACAAGUGAGUAUGGGUUACAUCCUUCUGCUUCGAGUAGUGAAGAGAUGCCUAGAGGUUCUUCAAUGAGACGCAAUUCUCAGCUUUAGAAACACACAUUCACUUGCAUCUCUCUGCCUAUGCCUUACAUUUUUUGUAAAGGCAUUUUGUUCCUUGUGUUGUUUCAUUCUGCGUCAAAGAAUAGCCAAGCAGCUUGAAAAAAGUCCACAAUUAUCAUGUUUU